AUGUUCCUUUUCUUCAAAACCUUUGACAACACUCUCCUCCCCACUGGCAGCCCUGCCAUGUCCAACACCUCCUCCAAAAACUUCCCUUGUACCCUCUUUGGUUCCGCCUAUGAGACUGACACCUCUCCACUCCCCACUACCGUUGCACGCUCUGAGGUGUUCCACAACCCUCCUCCUCCUCCUGCUCCCCAAGGCAUUCGCUGA